CUGCGGAUUCAAUCCACAUCCACAUUCAAACUUUCUCCACCAUGGCUUCUAAUCUACUCUCUCAGUCCGAACAAGAAAGGCUCAUCAAGAAGCUCGAGAUCUGCAAGAUUCAAGGCAGGGACAAGCGUGGCCGUCCUCUUCUCCGCAUCAUCGGGAAACUCUUCCCUGCGAGGCUUGUGAGUGUUGAUACACUGAAAAAGUACUUGGAGGAUGAGAUUUUCCCCGGUUUGGAAGGCCGGCCGUUUUCGGUGGUGUACGUGCACACAGGGGUGAACAGAGGUGAAAACUUCCCUGGAAUCUCCGGUUUGAAAUCUAUCUACGACGCCAUUCCGGUUGAGGUUAGAGACAAUUUGGAGACAUUCUAUUUCCUGCACCCGGGCCUCCAGUCCCGCCUCUUCCUCGCCACCUUUGGCCGUCUCCUCUUCGCCGGCGGCGGGUUGUAUGGGAAGGUGAAAUACGUAAACAGAUUGGAGUUCUUGUGGGAUAACGUGAGGAGGAAAGGAAUAGAGAUGCCGGAGUUUGUGUACGAGUUUGAGGAAGAGAUGGAGUGCCGUCCGACCAUGGAUUAUGGGCUGGAGAGCGACCAUCCAAGGAUAAUAUACGGAGCCCCGACUGUCGAGUCCACUGUUUCUACCUACUCCAUGAGAUGUAUUGCCUAAUGCCUAGAAUAUGAGUUGGGCUUCCGAGGCCUCUUAGGCCCGCUUCUGUCAUGUUCUUUUUUAUGUAGUGUGAAAAAUAUGUAGAAUGGUAGCAGUUGUAAAUUUGAAAAAACAACAAGGAAAAAUAGAUAGAUAGAUAAAUGAGUUUUGGUGCU